ACAGUUAGUGCAGUUGGCUAACAGACACAAAAAAAAAUCAUAAGGAUGACUGGACACAACUAAAAAACCGUGCUUAGGGGACUGUGAAAUCUGACCGCUGCGGAAAUUCAAAUAAGUUUCGUCAGGUUCUAAGAAGCUUUAUGAGGGUGGAAUUAUUGGUGUAAUCGUCUGCUAAGGAUAAUCUGUUCGCAACCAAUUAGAGUAAUUUGAAUUUGAUUAAUGGUGCUUUGCAAACAAAAAUAAUGUGUUUCACAUCUGAAGUGUAAGAGAAAAUGGUGUAAAGUUUAUUGGUGGUGUUAAAACGAGAUGGAUUAUUAGGCGAGUGAACUUUGUUAUUUACUUUCUGUUGACCUGAAAGCCAAGCUGCUUGCAGCAGUUCAACAGUUAUGUUCCGGACAGAUCAUCCAGACAAAAUGAAUAACUAAGAUACUAGCUGAUGAUAAAAAAUAUCUGCAGUGCAAUUUUUAUCACUAAUCAAUCGUCCAAAAAAAAAAUGAUGGCUACUAGCAGAUCGCACUUUCAAAUGAAAAACUUCAUCCACAAAACGGAAUAAUCACCAUACAAUAAAAAAAGAAAAAAAAAGAAUGUGAUCUCUUUCUUUGAAGUAACCAAACAUACCACCAAGUUCCUCUUUUCUAAGUCCCUCAUAUUUUUUAUCAUAAAAAACUAUGAUAAAUCAUAUUCAUCUGCGUUAUACCCAUGUAUUGACUUUUAUACUGUUACAUGCUUUGUUGGUCAGCACUGCACAUGCGGACAAGAGACCAUUUUAUGUUAUAGCACAUAUGGUGAACGAGCUCCGUCAGGUUCGACACUACCUGGAUCGUGGUGCGAACUCCCUGGAAUCGGAUAUUCAGUUCUAUUCAGACGGAUCAGUGAAAGAAGUGUAUCAUGGGUUUCCUUGUGAUUGUUUCAGGACUUGCACAAAGACUGCUGGUUUGUCAGAGUAUUUGCAACACGUGCGGAAAAUUACGGAUCCCAACGAACCGAACAAUUACUACGAUAAAAUGGUGCUACAAAUGCUGGAUUUAAAGAUGAGCUCUUCCAACAAUAAGAAGAAAUCGGGGAGGGAAAUUGCUAGACAUAUUCUUGAUCAUUUGUGGACUCCAGAUGGUAGCAGAGAACAAGAGGUAAAAGUCCUCAUAUACAUCGAGUCCAUAGACAACAAAGACGUCAUAUACGGUGUUCUCGAAGAAUUCCAGGAGAGGGGACAGGAGGCUCGAUUGAAGGACGUUGGGUUUGACGGUGGUCAAGAUGACAUUUUCGCCAUUCGCAAAAUGUUUGUCGACGAGUUUGGGGGCAAGCUCAACGUCUGGCUUGGAGAUGGUAAAUCCAACUGCAUCAGUGCUUUCUAUCCAGAUGGCCGACUCAGACGAGAAGUGUCAAUGCGAAAUUCUGUAAACAAUGAUUUUGUCGGCAAAGUCUAUCACUGGACUAUUGAUCUCAAAUUGCGAAUCCGAUUGUCGUUGAAUUUAGCCGUUGACGCAAUUUUAACAAAUGACCCAGAAGACGUCAUCGAAGUUUUACAAGAGUCAUACUAUAAAAAUGACUUCAGAUUGGCUACUCCGUAUGACGAUCCGUUUUCUACUUUUAGAAAUUGAAUUAAGUUUAGAAUACAUUCUUCUCGAUUUUGAAAGCAGGGUUCUCAAUAUGGUUCGCCAGCAAUUUAACCCGUUAAAAUAUAAUCGUAUACUUAUUCUUAUAAAGAGAAUAGGUGGUAAUUUAUGUCCUUAAAUUUUUAAAAUUUAUUUUGGUAAAAAAGAAAGAAACUUUCCCCAAAAUUCAUAAAUAAUUAACAUUUUGAUCAGUAACAAAUUCGUCAAAAUAUCAAUGACACGAUUCCAUCAUACAUUAUAAGACAUCACAUCGUAUUAAGAUUGUUGUACAGUGCGCAAAAUAGAAAAAGGGACCAUCCUGAAUAACUUUUGAUCUAAUGAUAGGAUGUUCACUUUUUAGGACUCAAACUUAAAGCUUCGAGGGUGUGACCUAAUGUAUGCUAGUUAAUUUGUGGAAACUAUAUUUUAAGUUACGAAAUCAGACACAAAAACGUAUUUUUUCUGAAUAAAUGUACCUUUUUUGAUGGAUUCGGAUUUUUGAUCCUCUAGAUGGAGGGGUAGCAACAAUCUAGAAAAUAGGCUCACAAUAGUUUGGUCAGGAGAGUGGUCCAAAGUUUGAACCCCUAAAUAUUAAUUUUACUUUUUACGUAUUUCACCAUAACUAGAGAAGUUUUAAUUGAAUUGCAAAA